CUCGUAAUCCUUUAACUUUAGGAAAGCAUUUUUCCACCUUCAGCAAUCAAAUGGAAUACUCCGGUGAAGGAAGUAGCAGCGCUACUUCACCCAUGGCCAUUUCCUCCGCCAUAGCUUCAAGUUUCUCACAGUCAUCCAAAACUAGUACCAACACUUCACCUCAGCUUAGCCCCACUAGUGUCCUGACUCAUCCGCCACCGUCCUCUCCUUCCUCGCCACCUCAUCCGGUGGUUCUCAGCCCUUGCGCAGCCUGCAAAAUUCUCAGGCGACGAUGCGUUGAUAAAUGUGUCUUGGCACCAUACUUCCCACCCACUGAGCCACUCAAGUUCACCAUCGCCCACCGAGUGUUCGGAGCUAGCAACAUCAUCAAGUUGUUGCAGGAACUUCCAGAAUCUCAAAGAGCAGAUGCAGUUAGUAGCAUGGUAUAUGAAGCGAAUGCAAGGCUGAGAGAUCCAGUUUAUGGGUGCGCAGGUGCAAUUUGCCAGCUCCAAAAACAAGUCAGUGAUCUCCAAGCGGAGUUGGCCAAGGCACAAGCGGAGGUGCUUAACAUGCAAUGCCAACAAUCCAAUCUGUUGUCCUUGAUUUGCAUGGAGAUGGAUCAGCCACCACCACCACCACCACACCAAACUGCGUAUAAUGAAAAUAACCUAAACUUCUUCCCCGAUGAUGUCAAUUUGGCCAACGUAUUUGAGCCACUUUGGAUAUGAAACUAGGGACUAGCUAACCCCUUCAAGAGGGCAUCAAGCAAGGUUGGAACUUGAAAAAGAAAGGGAGAUCUAGGAAGCGAAACAUUCGUUAACAGAAAUCAAUUAAGUGCUGUAGUUUGUAAGAUGUUAUUAAUUAUACUUCAAUUUACUGAUCCCAUAAAUAGUAUAGAAUAUAGAAGAAUAAAUGAAGAGUUACUCAAAGAGGGUAGAGAAAUUAAAAGAGUCAUGCAUUGUACUAAUAAUAUGCCAAUUCUUGAUUUAAAAUCAAGUUAUGGGUGACCUAAUUUUAUCUAAGUCUAAUUUAUGAAA